AUGGACGGAGACAGCCACCUGAAUGCCUCCCCAGCAAGGACGCCUCCAGCCCGGGCAUCGCUGGCCUGUGCGUGCCCAGCCCGGGUACCACCUUCCAGGUCAACGCCCGGCAGGUCAUCGUCUGCCAUGUCAGCCUCCAUGAAAUCGUCUCCAACGAGAGUAUUCCUUGUUAGAGCCACACCAGUGAGGGCCGUACCUGUCCAGCCAUCUCCUAACAGGUCCACACCAGCUGCCAGGGCCACCAGGGCCACCAGGGAGAGCCCAGGUAUCAACUUGCCCAAGUUCACCAGGCAGGAGGGCCUGAAGCGUAUGCUGCUCAUCGGAUGUAUCUUUCUCUUCAUCGCCCUCGUGGUGUCGCUCAUCAUUCUCUUCUACUUCUGGCAGGGUCACAUAGGGAUCAAGUACAAGGAGCCGGUAGAGAGCUGCCCCAAGCAGGCUGUGCGCUGUGAUGGGGUCGUGGACUGUAAGCUGAAGAGCGACGAGCUGGGCUGUGUGAGGUUUGACUGGGACACGUCUCUGCUUAAAUUCUACUCUGGAUCCUCCCAUAAGUGGCUUCCCAUCUGCAGCGACAGCUGGAAUGAUUUCUACUCGAAGAAGAUCUGCCAGCAGCUGGGUUUCAAGAGUGCUUACUGGACAGCCAAGGUGACCAAUAGGAAUUUUGACAGCAGUUUCUCAAUCUCCAAAUAUAGCUCCACUUUCCAGGAGAGCAUCUACAGGUCUGAAUGCCCUUCCCAGCAAUAUGUGGCUCUCCAGUGUUCCCACUGUGGACUGAGGGCCAUGACCGGGCGGAUUGUGGGAGGGGCGCUGGCCCCAGAGAGCAAGUGGCCUUGGCAAGUUAGUCUGCAGUAUGCCCACACCCACAUUUGCGGGGGCACGCUGAUCGAUGCCCAGUGGGUUCUCACCGCCGCCCACUGCUUCUUCAUAAACCCGGAGAAGAUCCUGGAGGGCUGGAAGGUGUACGCGGGCACCAACAACCUGCACCAGCUGCCCGAGGGGGCCUCCAUUGCCCAGAUCAUUAUCAACAGCAACUACACGGACAGCAAGGACGACUAUGACAUCGCCCUCAUGCGGCUCUCCAAGCCCCUGACUCUGACCGCACAUGUCCACCCUGCCUGCCUCCCCAUGCAUGGACAGACCUUCAGCCUCAAUGAGACCUGCUGGGUCACAGGCUUCGGCAAGACCAAGGAGACAGAUGAGAGGACAUCCCCCUUCCUCCGGGAGGUGCAGGUCAACCUCAUCGACUACAAGAAGUGUAACAAUGAGUUGGUCUACAACAGCUACCUCACCCCGAGGAUGAUGUGUGCGGGGGACCUGCAGGGAGGGAGAGACUCCUGCCAGGGAGACAGCGGGGGGCCCCUGGUCUGCGAGCAGAACCACCACUGGUACCUGGCAGGGGUCACCAGCUGGGGCGUGGGCUGUGGCCAGAGAAACAAACCUGGCGUGUACACCAAAGUGACGGAAGUCCUCCACUGGAUAUACAGCAAGAUGGAGAGUGAGACACGCUUCCAGAAAGCCUAA